AAUCAUUGCUGUUGAGUUUAAUUCUCGUAAUUCUUGCAGGUAGCACGAAGGAAGCGCUCGAAGGUGAACUGGAUCUCGGGUCACCAGAGGACCGUCGCAGUAGCUCCGCCAGAGAAGGCAGUUGAGGCGUCGACGGAGUCAGGUUCGUGUUUGUCAAGCACUCCCAGCGCUGCUUGCGCGCGAAACCACCAUAUGAAAAGGAAAGGAUUAAUGAUGAAGCCGGUUCGUGAUGACGAGGAGCCGAAGAGGAUCAGAUCUAGAUCUGGCUCUGGCUCGCGUUACCUUAGCAGCCUAGCCGAAGCAAUAUUGAAGCUGCUGUCUAGCGGUUGUUUCGCUGAAAUGAGAAUUCGUCAAGUGCUUGGAGACAGUCCUAGCACGAGCAAAGCUUUGAGAAUGCUGUUAAGGCAAGAAGAAGUGAAAAGAUCUGGCAGAGGAGGGAGACAUGACCCAUAUAUUUACAAGAUAGCAUGAAAAAUUGUAUAGGGAGCUUGACCUAGUUAUACUAUAUAACUACAGGUCAUCUUCUAGGGUUUAUCCGUCCCACCACCAAGGGAAAUUUUGGUCAGCGAAUAUAUAUGAAAGUGAAAUAGGAAAUAUUGGUACAUGAUUAAUUAGGCUGGUAGCAUAACAUAGAGCAGCAUAAUAGUCUUAUUGCCUUUAGCUGUUGUUUCUGCCCGGAAUUACAUAAAAGAUGUAAAAAAGGGGAACCGAGUGACACCAGUAUUACACCACUAUAUACACAAGGAUGGCGGUGGCGGUGGCGGUGGCAGCGCCUUACCGUAUACAUUAUAGUUAACUGAACAUUUUCCCUAUAUUGAUAUGUGCUAUUGUUUUUCUUGCUGAGCCUAGAGUUGGGCUUCGGCCAUAUACCUCUGUUGAGAAAGCUUUGUUCAUAUACUUGAAAUUAAUAGAUUGAGGAAUAAUUUCAGCUUAAA